AUGUUGCAGGCGCUCAUCGUGACCAGCGCCUACCUCGUGGAGGUCCGGCGCAUGCGCGUGAUCCGGGAGCACCCCGUCCGCGGCCCCCACGAGACGGUGCCGAUGAGCGUCUUUUGGAUGCUGCCGCAGUACGUGAUCCUUGGCGUCGGCGACGUGUUCAACACCAUCGGAGUCCUCGAGUUCUUCUACGACCAGUCGCCGGAGGGGAUGCAGAGGCUGGGGACCACCUUCUACACCAGCGGGCUUGGCGUCGGGAACUUCCUCAGCAGCCUGCUCGUGACGCUCGUCGACCGGACCACCAGGGCGACCGUCGGCAAGAGCUGGAUCGGCGACAACCCGAACGACUCACACCUCGACUACUACUACGUGUUCCUGCUGGUGCUCUCCGUGGCCAACAUGGCGCUCUUCGUGUGGGUGGCGAUGAGGUACAAGUACAACGGCGCAAUGGGGACGCCUGAGGCCGAGGCUGAGAUGGUGGCCGGCGGCAAGGUAACGGCGGACUCGCCGCUGGUGGUGGAGCGUGAUAAGGUGGAGGGCGUGCAUCUUGCGUAA